AUGGCUGCUGAUACUAAAUUGGAUAGAAACAAGAAGUAUGAUAGACAACUAAGACUAUGGGGAGACCACGGACAAGAUAAAUUGCAGCGAGCCAAAGUUUGUCUAAUUAAUGCCACUGCAACUGGAACAGAAAUUCUCAAAAAUUUAAUUUUACCAGGCAUUGGCUCCUUUACUGUCAUUGAUGGGCACCAAGUUACUUCAGAAGACGUCGGUAACAACUUUUUCUUAGACAAGAAUUCGAUUGGCAAGAGCCGCGCAAAAUAUGUAACACAACUAUUGCAAGACUUAAAUUCCGAUGUCAGAGGAGAUGCAAUCGAAGAGCAUGUAGAGAACUUAUUACAGAAUGAUUCUGAAUUCUUUAUGACCUUUUCCAUUGUCAUUGCUACCAGCUUGCCGGAAAGAGUGUUAUUAAAGCUAGGAGAAACCUUAUGGAAGCAAGAUAUCCCCUUUAUAAUUUGUCGUUCGUAUGGAAUGGUUGGUUACAUUCGACUUGUUGUUAACGAGCACGCUGCUAUUGAGACGCAUCCUGAUAAUAGUCACCACGAUUUAAGACUGGACAACCCAUUUCCAGAGUUAAGAGCAUAUAUUGACCCAAUAAACUUAUCAGCUAUGGAUAAAAAGGAACAUUCCCAAACUCCGUUUAUUGUUAUCUUAUUGAAAUAUAUGGACCAAUGGCGAAAUUUACAUGAUGGUGCUCUACCUAAAACGUACAAAGAAAAAGACCAGUUCAAACAAAUGAUUGCUAACGGCAUUAUGCAAGACAGUGAAGGCAGGUCUGAGGAGGAAGAUAAUUUUCAAGAAGCAAUAAAAAAUGCAUUAAUAACUCUUGUUCCUACUAAAAUUCCCAGCUCAGUUGAAGCGUUACUGAAAGACGAAAAAUGUUUGAACAUGUCACCAGAUAGUUCUAACUUUUGGAUUUUAGUUCGAGCUCUAAAGGAAUUCGUGGAUAAAACUGGUACGCUUCCAGUUCGUGGAUCUAUUCCCGAUAUGACUGCAGAUUCUACUCGUUAUAUCAACCUUCAAAGAAUCUAUCAAGCCAAAGCAAAUGAAGAUGCAAGUAAAAUGACUGAAUAUGUUAAGAAUAUACUCGAAUCCUUGGGAAAAGGUGUUAAUUCUAUUAGCGUACAGGAGAUAUCAAAUUUUUGUAAGAAUGCAUUCUUUUUGAAAGUCAUAAGAACUCAUUCGUUAGCCGAUGAGUAUAACCCUUCUACGAUAGAUGUAUCUGAAAUACGCGGGUAUUUGGAAAGUGGUUCCCAUGAAGCUAACUUUUACGUACUUUUGCGAGCUGUAGAUAAAUUUUUCGAACAAUACAAUCGAUAUCCUGGGAUGUUUGAUGAUCAGGUAGAAACGGACAUAUGGUCUUUGAGGAAUUGUGUCAAUGGAUUACUACAUGAUUGGUCGCUCCCAAAUACAAUUUCGGAUGAUUACAUACAUGAAAUGUGUCGUUAUGGUGCUUCAGAAUUACACACAAUGGCUGCAUUUCUUGGAGGUGCAGCCGCUCAAGAAGCCGUUAAAAUCAUUACUCAUCAAUUUGUUCCGUUUAAUAAUACCUUUAUUUUUAACGGUAUAUCUGCUUCUUCGGUUACGUUCAAUUUAUAA